AUGGUGGUUGAUGAGGAGUUCAGGAAAAUAUCGAGAUCAGAGAAAGCAAAGCGUAUUAUGUCUCCUUUGAUCCGUUUGCUGCGUAUUUGUGAUUCUGAUGAGAAACCAUCUUUGCUUAUGUAUAUGAAGGGAUGUAUAGGGCACGCUUACUUUCUGAAUCUAGCUUUCUUGUACGAUAAAAAGAACUUUAGUGACAAGCCUGAGAUUACAAGUGGAAUGCUAAAUUUGAUUAAAAAGCAGAAUGGUGGUUUAAGUGAAACAAAACUAGUAUCUACUAUUGGCCGCUAUAGAGAUCGAGAAGGAAGUUUUUCUCGGGAGAUGGCACUUACUUGUAGCAAAACUACUCGACCAGAUGAAUGGUGGAAAUUGUUUGGUUGUGAUAUUCCUGAUUUGCAAAAGCUCGCAGUCCAAAUUCUUAGUCAAACAGCUUCUUCAUCUGGAUGUGAAAGGAACUGGAGUGUGUUUGAACGCAUUCACACCAAAAAGAGAAAUAGGCUGGACCAUCAAAGGCUCAAUGAUCUUGUCUAUGUUCAUUAUAAUUUACGUCUACAAAACAGAUCGAAGAGAAGUAGAUCAUAUGAUCCAGUUGAUUACGAGUCUAUCGAUAAAACUGAGUUUUGGACUGUGGAAGAAGAAGAAGAAGGGGAGCUUGAUUAUUCUGAGUUAGAAGAUAAACUUCUUGAAGAAUAUCCUAAAGAUGGUGAUGAAGAUUUGGACAAGGAAGAUUGA